GUUCGUUGCAGGGUGUCCUGCGGAUCAACCCGAGGAACUAUACCGAGGCCUAUAUCAGCGCGCCGGUAAUUCUUGGUAUAUUUCCCCCGUUUUCAUGAUAUUUUUUUUUCCGCUAACCCUGUGUCGCCUCGCCGUCGUCGUGUGCAGUAUGAUCUGGCCUCGUUUUUUUUUUUCUUUCGAGAGUCGGGACGUCGUGCGUGGAUUCGUUGACUCGUUUCUGGGAAUCGUUUAUGUUAAUUAAAUUAAUUUCGCAUUCGUGCCGUCCAUUAACACUCCGCCUUCUUUUUUUGGCGUUGCUAGCCGACUUUCGUCGUCGUUUCCGUGAACUUUUGCCCAGACGAACCUCACGUACGUGCUCGGCAUGCUCACGUGCAUGCUCAUGUGUAUGCUCAUGUGUAUGCCCGGCUGCUUCCCGACGCCUCACAGUAGAUGGCGCGAUCGCCUCUCGCCCGAUAGAACAUUUUUUUUCUCGCUUCCAGAAGACGCGCGCGGCGACGAUCCACGAUGCAUCACUCCAUGUCUUAUUCGCCAAUAAUUGUUUUUUUCUUCUUUCCCCCCAUCUGAUUCUCGUGACAGGACGGAGCGAUGGACAUAUACAUAUGCGGGACGCGUGAUCGGAACCGGUCCCUUCAGGGCGACCAUGUCGUCGUCCGUCUCUCUCCCCCUCACGAGUGGAUGGUGUGUCAUAACCGCGUCCUGGAUUACCUCCCGAAACUCACCGAAGACGAAUUCGCAUCCCUUUACGCCGAGAAGAGACUGAAGCCGGAAGACCGGCUGGUGGUCGACGCGGCGAGGCGGGGUCGCCUCGGGCCGGUCGACGCCGGCGACCUGGAGGUCGAGGUCGCGUCGCCGAGAGAGAAUUCGGGCGACGAGGGCCGAGGGGAUCCCGAGACGAUGGGGCGAGAGCCGGCCGAGAAGAAUAAGAAAGCGAACAGGAGGGGAUCCCGAGGCGGACGGAAGCACAAGAAGAAGACGGAGAGAGACGAAGCCGGGUCGAAGGUCGCCGGGGCGACACCCGGGUCCGGGGCCGCCCCGUCGGUGCGGCCGAGAGGAUCGGCGACAGACGCCGGGUUCGCCCCGGGCGACCCGGCGACCCCCGCCUUAGAGAGUGCCAAGGAUGCGGAAUCCCGCGGCGGCGAGUUUGGGGCAACCGCGCUCGUGUCGGAGAGGGACUCAGUUGUACAGCCCGGGAGCUUUAACCGUCCCGCUACUAAGCCCGUGCCGAACCCCCCUCACCACCCACUUGUUUGUACAGAGAUGACCAAUAAAGUUUCUCAUCCCAUUCGCACCGGUCGGAGAGAGGAGGUUAGAAGGAGCGCGAAGGAGGCGGUGCCGGAUUCGGGGCUGGACGUCCUGGACCUCCUCCGUCUGCCGUGCUGGAAGAAGCUGGUUCAGAGGACCGGCAAGGUGGUGUACAUCGUCCAGCCGGUGCACACCCGCAUGGCGGCGGGGCACCUCAAACUCAUGGCGGACAAGAACCCGGACACGGCCCUGUUCUCGCCAAAAGACAAUCGGAUUCCUCGCAUGAAGAUCCCCAUGGCGGAAUGUCCUGGGGAUUUCUAUCGGAACGAGGCCAAGUACUCGAAGACGCUGUUCGUUGCACUCAUCGUGGAAUGGAACGACCCUGGCUUUGCGAAAGGCCACGAUCUCUUCGCGUUUCACGCCUGCAGGGAGGAGUGCAUAUUCACGAUCGACCCGGAGACGGCCAGGGACCUGGACGAUGCCGUCUCGUGCGAGAGAGCGGGGAACGGUCUUUAUGAGGUGGGAGUUCACAUUGCGGAUGUGUCCUUUUUCGUCCCCGAGGACACGCCCUUGGACCAGGAGGCCAGGAAUCGGGCUACGAGCGUUUACAUGGUUCAAAAGGUGAUCCCGAUGCUCCCCCGUCCCCUGUGCGAGAACGUGUGCUCUCUGAAUCCAUCCGAGGACCGGCUGGCCCUCUCCGUCGUGUGGACCGUGGAUGCCGACGGGAACGUCCGCGACGAACGGUUCGGACGCUCCAUCAUCCGAUCCUGCGUCAAGCUCUCCUACGGUCACGCUCAGUCGAUCAUCGAUGCGAGAGACCUUCGGGAAUUGGAUGCAUGCACCUUCCCGCCCGUGACCGGGAGUCACGACCUGGCAGAAGUGUACGAGAAGGUGAAGAUGUUGCACGGCAUCAGUCAGAAACUGCGUGCGAGGCGAUUUCGCAACGGUGCGCUCCGACUGGACCAGCCCAAGCUCUCCUUCACGCUGGACCACGGCACUGGGAUGCCCAAUGGGUUUUUCGUCUACGAGCUGAAGGAGAGCAAUCGCUUGAUCGAGGAGUUGAUGCUGCUGGCCAACAUGGCUGCCGCCCACCGGAUCUACCGGGCGUUUCCCCACGUCGCCGUCCUCCGGAAUCACGUCCCACCUCAGGAGAACAUGCUGGAGAACCUGAGAGAGGUCCUGGCGGCAUACGGGAUCGUGAUCGACACCUCCUCGUCGACGGCCAUCCAGACCACUCUCGACGCGUACGCGGGGAAAGGGGAGUUCAACGAGGCUCGAUUGGCCAUUCUGGUCUCCCUCUUUGCCAAGCCCAUGCAGCUGGCAAAAUACUUCUGCACAGGGAUGAAGCAAGACGAAGCAGAGUUUCACCACUAUGCUCUCAACGUUCCGAUGUACACGCACUUUACGUCCCCGAUCCGCCGAUACCCGGACGUUCUCGUGCACCGACUCCUGGCUGCCUCGCUUGGUUACACUCAAAGACCCACAUGGGACCCAUACGUUGUCCAAAGGGUUGCAGAACACUGCAACACAAGGAAGGAAGCUGCCAAACGUUGCUCAGAAAUGAGCAGCGAACUGUUCCUGGCAGCAUACGUGAGGCAGUGUGGACCUGUGUAUGCAAAGGGCAUGGUCCUUGCGGUCAUGGAUCACUCACUCGAUGUCCUCAUCUAUCAGCUUGGAAUUGUCAAGCGAGUCUACCUUGAUUCGAUCAUCGAUGCGAGAGACCUUCGGGAAUUGGAUGCAUGCACCUUCCCCCCGGUGACCGGGAGUCACGACCUGGCAGAAGUGUACGAGAGGGUGAAGAUGUUGCACGGCAUCAGUCAGAAACUGCGUGCGAGGCGAUUUCGCAACGGUGCGCUCCGACUGGACCAGCCCAAGCUCUCCUUCACGCUGGACCACGGCACUGGGAUGCCCAAUGGGUUUUUCGUCUACGAGCUGAAGGAGAGCAAUCGCUUGAUCGAGGAGUUGAUGCUGCUGGCCAACAUGGCUGCCGCCCACCGGAUCUACCGGGCGUUUCCCCACGUCGCCGUCCUCCGGAAUCACGUCCCACCUCAGGAGAACAUGCUGGAGAACCUGAGAGAGGUCCUGGCGGCAUACGGGAUCGUGAUCGACACCUCCUCGUCGACGGCCAUCCAGACCACUCUCGACGCGUACGCGGGGAAAGGGGAGUUCAACGAGGCUCGAUUGGCCAUUCUGGUCUCCCUCUUUGCCAAGCCCAUGCAGCUGGCAAAAUACUUCUGCACAGGGAUGAAGCAAGACGAAGCGGAGUUUCACCACUAUGCUCUCAACGUUCCGAUGUACACGCACUUUACGUCCCCGAUCCGCCGAUACCCAGACGUUCUCGUGCACCGACUCUUGGCUGCCUCGCUUGGUUACACUCAAAGACCCACAUGGGACCCAUAUGUUGUCCAACGGGUUGCAGAACACUGCAACACAAGGAAGGAAGCUGCCAAACGUUGCUCAGAAAUGAGCAGCGAACUGUUCCUGGCAGCAUACGUGAGGCAGUGUGGACCUGUGUAUGCGAAGGGCAUGGUCCUUGCGGUCAUGGAUCACUCACUCGAUGUCCUCAUCUAUCAGCUUGGAAUUGUCAAGCGAGUCUACCUUGAUAAACUGGAUUUGAAGAAGUUCCACUACCAGCGCUUGGAUGGGAUCCCAGAGCUGUUGUUAUCCUGGGAGAAGCAGCAGGGAGAUGGGGAAGAGAAGGGGGAGGAGGUCGAGUCGGUGACCAUCUUCACGCUGCUGGACGUUGUUCUGGCCUCUGUCCCUGGCGACCCGUACAAGUUUGUGGCGAUCGUACCCCCGCCACAAGACCGACCGGGUCUCUCCUGUCGGGUGGCAUCAGAAACACCAGGGAUGUCUCUGACGUCCGAGAGCAUCGUGCGCAACGAUUCCUUCUUUUGAAGGAGGUUCCUCUUGCUUGUCUCUUGCUUGAAGUGUUGUGAUCAUGCUGCAAGAAAAUGAAAUCUUAUGGUGG